AUGGCGACAACUCCACCAACGGUUCCCGAACCCGAGCAGCCGACUCCCACCUCUCCGACCGUCGUUACAACCUCUGCGGUUCUUUUGACGUCCGCGUCUGAAUCGAGUGACGAUGGUAUCCGCUUGAGUCCUGCCGCUGCUCGUCGGUUUGCUCGUCGCAACCUCCGCCGCACAUCACCAACUCCCGAUCUCGUCACAAGCCUCGUUCGACCGCCGUCGCCUGAUGCUAUUUAUUUCGGGGCCCAAGUCGCCCAGCAGGCCCGGCAAGAUAUCAGGAAUAGGCUUGAUGCGUCAGCUUCUUCGGGCUUGCUGAUACCAAAUGUUGACUCGGAUCGCCGUUCCGGGCCCUUGCUGCCGCCUCAUCCUUCUUCCCUCGGCAUCCCCAAGCGAUAUGGCGGAAACGGCAUCUUCGACAUGUACUCACUGACAUAUGCCACCGAACCUGAUCCCAACCUUCUCUGUCCUAUCUGUCACGAUCCGCUUGUCGACCCCGUGACGACUCCUUGCGACCACACGUUUUGCUAUCUCUGUUUGCGCCAGAGCAUUGACUCAAGCCCUUCUGGUACCGCCUGUCCCAUCGACCGAGAACCACUAGCAUGGCCAAACUGCUUUAGUGCACCACGACUUGUGCGCACACAGCUUAACAACCUCAAAGUCAAGUGCCCAUACCACGCGAGAGGAUGCAAGUCAGAGGUUCGCCGGGAGGUAGUCGAGGUCCAUGCCACCACAGACUGUCGGUUCAAGGACUUUACUUGUCCCGGCACCGACUGUGACAAGAGGCUGCGAUCAAAGCCAACAGAUGAUGCCUGCCCUCAUCACGAGACCAAGUGUUCCCACUGCAAAACCUCAUUUGAGGCGACCGAUCGGGACUUGCAUCUUCUAGCAUGCCCCAUGAGCAAGACUCGCUGCGAGGGCUGCUGGAAGCUUGUCUAUCGGAGUCAAAUGGAGACACACCGCGAUCUGGAGUGUGAGGGCGUUGUCGUCAACUGUCCCUAUGAUGAGCUAGGCUGCCCUGCAAGGGCUCUGCGUGGACAGAUGGACAUUCACACCUUGGGCUGCGCAUUUCACCCCGACACUCCAUCCGGCAUGAUAAUCCGAUCUCAGCGGGAACUUAUCCAGUCUUACGGUGACCUCGGACAACAGAUCCAACAAUUAAAUGCCCGUCAGGACGAAACGAGCCGGCGGCUCAACGAGAUCAACUCAUCCCUCAGCCGUCGAGGCGGAGAUGACUCGGUGGUAGGAGACAACCGCACUAUCCAGGACCUGGAUGCUGGCUUCGAAGAAGUCCACCAGAAUUUGACCCAUCUCGAGGCACGGCAAAGUAUGUGGACAAUCAACCAAAUCAUGCCUAUUCGCGAGGAGGUGACUGAACUACGAAAUAAUAUUAACAUGAUCCGAAUGCAUGUCAACUGGCUCCUGAACCGGAGCCGAGAGGAAGGUCGCAUUAGAGCGGCCAACAACUCUGGAUCAGCAUCAACCAUACAACGAGACAGGUCCAUCGAAGGCCCCCGUCUGUCAGAGCGUCGCCGCUCAGCCAGCGCCGAAGGGGCAGAUCUGCCUCGACUAUGA